ACGUGAUCUGCUCCACGCGCCGCCAUCUUGCAGCUCCGGAUGAGGAGGGGGAAAGCGGGGAAAAGAGGGAAAGGAUCCGGGAGAGAGGUGGGCGAGGACGAGGGCGAGUGCACGACAGUGCCUUAGCCGGCCAAAAGAGGCUAGCGGAAGCAGCAGCCGCCGCCCGACCGCAGAUAUGGAAGAAAGCAGCAGUGUUGCCAUGUUGGUGCCAGAUACUGGGGAACAGGAAGCUGUAUUGACUGCCGAAGGUGUUAUCAGUCCGUCAUUGGAAGUCGAUGAACAAAGAAAACUUAAAGCAGAUCCCUUAAUCCAUGUUAUCCAGAAGUUAAGCAAGAUAGUAGAGCACGAAAAGUCACAGAAAUGUCUUCUAAUUGGGAAAAAACGCUUGCGUUCAAGUGCUACUACACAGUGUUUUGAAGCCCAAGAACUUUGUGAGAUUCCAGCUAAAGUAACCCCAUCACCUGCUGUUGGUAUUAGAAGAGCUGAGGUAUCGCAAGCAAAUUUGAUCACUGGCUCUCUUGUCCAGAACGAUGGGAAGGCUAUGUCCUAUGAGUGUGGCCUUUGUAAGUUUCUGUCGUCAUCUUUUUCUGUGUUAAAAGACCACAUCAAGCAGCAUGGUCAGCAGAAUGAAGUGGUAUUCAUAUGCUCGGAGUGCCAUAUUACAUCCAGAAGCCAGGAGGCGCUUGAAGCUCAUGUGGCAAAUGACCACAAAAAUGAUGCCAACAGUCACUCCCAAUCCAAAGCCCCACAGCACUUAAGUUCCUCCAAUUCAUUAUGUCAGAGAACCACAGAAAGAAAUGUUGAAACCAUUCCUGAUACCCCAGGAAAAGUGGACAGUCCACAAACUCUUAAUGUCCAAACUGCAUCCAUGACAGAAAUGGGCAGAAGAAAGUGGUAUGCAUAUGAACAAUAUGGCAUGUAUCGAUGCCUAUUUUGCAGUUACACUUGUGGCCAGCAGAGAAUGUUAAAGACGCACGCUUGGAAACAUGCAGGCCAAGUUGACUGUACCUAUCCAAUCUUUGAAAAUGAAAACGAGCCCCUUGGUUUGCUGGAUUCUUCAGUGUCUGCUGCACCAGGUGAGGUUGAUGCUGUAGUUAUUGCUAUUGGAGAUAGUGAACUGAGUAUCCACAAUGGACCAUCAGUGCAAGUACAGAUUUGCAGCUCAGAACCAUUAUCAUCUUCCUCUUCUUUAGAACAGACUGCAGAAGGCAGAGUACACCUAAGUCAGUCAGUUACCCUUGACCCUAAUGAGGAAGAAAUAAUAGAAGUGAUGUCCGAUUCAGAGGAAAAUCUGAUUCCCGACAGCCUGCUUUCAUCAGCGCAGAAAAUCAUUAGCAGUAGCUCAAAUAAAAAAGGUCACGUUAAUGUGAUAGUGGAACGUUUGCCAAAUGCUGAAGAAACUCUUUCACAGAAACACUUCCUCAUGAAUGCUGAAAUUGAAGAGGGGAAGAACCACCACCCAACAGAAGCCCAGACUGAAUGUGGCAGAACAGAUGAUGUUUAUCAGGCUGAGAAAUGUACUGUUGAUAUUGGAGGGUUGAUUAUAGGCUGGAGCAAUCCAGAGAAGAAAGACAGUGAGUUAGUGAGUAAAAGCCUAGGUACCGAUGAGAAUGCCCCUCCAGGCCGAAGAAGGACAAAUUCUGAGUCUCUUAGGCUGCACUCUUUAGCUGCAGAAGCCCUUGUCACAAUGCCUAUAAGAGCUGCAGAACUAACGAGAGCUAAUCUUGGGCACUAUGGGGAUAUAAACCUUUUAGAUCCAGAUACUGGACAAAAGCAAGUAGAGAGUACAUUGGCAGCAUAUUCAAAAAUUAUGUCACCACUUAAAAACUCUUCUGAUGGAUUAACUAGUUUUAGCCAAAGCAGCUCUACUUUGGUAACACUCCCCGAGGGUAGACAGGAAUUGUCAGAUGGGCAGGUUAAGACAGGUAUCAGCAUGUCCCUGCUCACUGUAAUUGAGAAACUGAGAGAAAGGACUGACCAAAAUGCCUCGGAUGAUGACAUUUUGAAAGAGUUGCAGGACAAUGCCCAAUGCCAACCCAACAGCGAUACAAGCUUGCUAGGGACUAAUGUGGUGGAGUAUAUCCCUAAUGCUGAACGGCCAUACCGUUGCCGCCUGUGCCACUACACAAGUGGUAACAAGGGCUACAUCAAGCAACACUUGCGAGUCCAUCGGCAGAGACAGCCAUAUCAGUGUCCUAUCUGUGAGCACGUAGCUGACAACAGCAAAGAUCUGGAGAGCCACAUGAUCAGCCACUGCAAAACAAAAAUAUACCAAUGUAAGCAGUGUGAAGAAUCUUUUCCUUAUAAGAGUAAUCUGAGGAAUCAUGAGAGAGAACAGCACAGCCUUCCAGACACCUUGUCAAUGGCAACUUCCAAUGAGCCAAAAAUUCCCAGUGAUACAACUGAUGGGAAAUGUGUGCAGGAAGGGAGUAAGUCUUCAAUCCAGAAACAGUAUAGAUGUGAUGUGUGCAGUUACACAAGUACAACAUACGUUGGUGUCAGAAACCACAGAAGAAUUCAUAACUCUGAUAAACCAUACAGAUGUUCUUUGUGUGGAUAUGUGUGCAGCCAUCCUCCUUCUCUGAAGUCUCAUAUGUGGAAACAUGCAAGUGACCGAAAUUACAACUAUGAACAAGUAAACAAGGCUAUUAAUGAUGCAAUCUCACAAAGUGGCAGAGUUCUGGGGAAAUCACCUGGCAAAACUCUGUUAAGCAGCAGUGAAGAAAGAGCUGAUCCUGUCACUGGAAGUUCAGAAAAUUUGAUGUCUUCCUCAGAGCUGAUUUCCCAGGCACCCAGUGAUGUCUUAGAUUCCCACGAGAAUGAGAAACUGAGUCCUACAAGUAAUACCUCAUACAGUUUAGAAAAAAACUCCAAUCUGGUUCCUCCUGGGAUGGAGUAUUGUGUUUUACUCUUCUGUUGUUGCAUAUGUGGUUUUGAGUCCACCAGCAAAGAAAACCUCUUAGAUCAUAUGAAAGAACAUGAGGGUGAAAUUGUAAACAUCAUCCUAAACAAGGACCAUAAUACAACCCUAAACACGAAUUAGCUGGACUAAUUGCUUGAAGAGGAUUUCCUUAAAUCACAGCUUCACCGUUGUGCUGUCAAAUAACUUACUAGACACAAAAAAUAGUUGGUAUGGCUUUUGAGGAAAUGACAGAUGUGACUUGGAAAUCAAAUUUGUCAUGUAAUAAAAUGUAUUCCAGGAUAAGCAGUAAUGAAAUUUAAAUUUAAAUAUUUUGAAUGAAGGAAAGUGGGUUGAAAAGGAAGUAAAUAUAUACCUUCUGUAUUAACCCUGUUACUGCUUGUUAGUGUUGAGUGUAUUAUUAAAUGCUUAUUAUACUUUAGAAAUGCAAGCAGCAAAGAGUUAAGAAAGGGCUUUUCGGGAACUGUUAUAAAACUUACUAUGAAAGUGUCACAGUCUUAAGCUAAGCUUAGUUCCUUUCAGGCUCAUUUUGCCAUGCCGGCCCUAGAACUGACACAGCUUGUGAGAAAAGGGGAUGAGCUGCUGGACGCAUCCUUCAGUGCGACCAACAGAAUCGGCAAGGAAGCAACCAGAGGGCUUCGAAGUGAUCUUUCCCUAAAUCAACAGAAAUUUAUUAAUAUUAAAUGUUGGGCAUGUUCCAUUAUUCCCUAAAAAUACCUCUAAAUCAAAUCCAGAAUACAAAUAGACAGAGAGUAAAUAAUUGUCUUAAAUUUACAGUGAAAUUCUUGUGAACAGAGGAAGAAACGUGAAUUCCCAGCAGCCUCAAAUCAGAUCUGAAACUUACAAAAAUUCUGAGCACAGCACACUUCUCAGGCUCUUUUAAGGGUUUGAAAGAGCACAGCACAUUUUCCCAUAGUUACCUGGACCUUCUAGUCCCAUCUGCUAUGAGAUUGAAACACACACACGCACCAUCCCCUCCCUGAUGAGCAUCUCAAAGAGUCUCAAAGCAACAAACUAUAGAAAUUUGUACUUGAUCUAUCAGGCUUUGGAACUAGUUUAAGCUCUUAAGAUUAAAAAAAUCAAAUGGAUGAUAAUGGAUAAAAUUCAGAAGCCUCUUAAAAUGAGUACAGCUUUUAAGAUUUUCCUUCCUGAAGUUUACUAGUUAUCUUUAGCAGAAGAAUAACCAAAAGUAACUAAAAUGUAAUAAAAAUCCAGGUUGUUUAUAAAAAUCUUGAUAAGCAAAUAGUAUUUAGCAAAAUUAGGAUUUCUGUGUAAAAAAUUCCACUGGUAGGGCUAGGACAUACGGCAAGCAACUAAAAAUGUGUUUGCAUUCAGGCUUACCAUCAAAUACAUAUUCUGAUUAACUACACAUUUCAGAUUAUAAUGAUUUCAAAGGAUGUUUUGUUGUUCAGAUCACUUACUUAUGCAUUGCUUUUCCAGUGUUCUGCCUACAAGUCAAAAGCCCAGACCACUCACUGUACCUUUUUCACAGUGCUACUUCUGAGUAACAGAACAUUAUGAAUAUUGACUUCUGACAUGUAGAGUUGAGGCUGUGACUCUCAUAAAUUCAGAGCAUCAAAAACAGAAUUUUGUGAAGAGAAUAGUGUAUAGGCAUGUUUUAAGAAAGCAUUUUGUUCCCCAGUCCAGGUAUAAAUUAAAUGAAGUAUUUUAAAGAUAGCACUGAGAACUAUUUAAGUGGAGCCAGGCAUCUUGAAACGUUGAUUUUUAAAAGCUUUUUAUCCCAUUUUGAUGGUGAUGUUUAAGUAAGUGACUAUAACUUUGCAGCUCUUUUGAUUUAGGUAGCUUUAAUUUAUUUGUAAAAGUUAAUCCAUUUCUGGUAUACAGUCUUUAAAAAGAUAAAAUGAAUUUAUAAAUACAAAAAAAAAUUUGAGUCCAUUGUAUGUGGAUUUAAAUACAUUGAAGCAUAUCUAAUUUUAAAUUCAAAUAAAAUACUUUAAGUAAUUCCAUUUUUAUCACUCCUGUUGUUGUCACUCAUAUUGUACAGCAGUUUUUCAUUGCCAGUAACUAUGAUUCAGUGUUUCCUUGUAAAAAUCUGUUACUCUGAAAAGUAACAACCUGGGCUUCGUUUUCCUUGGCUUCAAUUUUAUGUAAUCACUUGGAAAAUACUAAUAUUCAAAAAUUGCAACAGUGACAUUUUAAGUUACCUUUCUUAAUUUCCUUAAGCCACUUAUAUUUCUUUUUACUUAAAUUUUCCACUUGGAAUCAUGAAUUUAAAAUUCCCCCAGCCAGUGGGGAAGAAAUAACCCAAAAGUUCAAAGUUUAAUCUGAUUUUGGCUUUACUGAGAUGUUCUCCUGGCCUAAAGGAGGAACCAUGGACCAAGGACAUUCUGUAUUUUCCCUUGAUCAUUUUGUGGCAAGCCUUAAAGCAGUGUGUCUACCAAGAAUAAUUAAUUUUUCUAAAAGUAAUAAUGAAGAUUAAAUAUGCCAAUUGUAAUUAUAUGAGUUUGGUUAUUAAAAUAAUCAAUAGCAAUUCCCUUUAUAGAAGUGACACUUUAUUCUUUUAGACCUUUUGUCACAGGAAGCUCAUUCAAUUUGGUUUGUGCUCUCAACACUUCAAAUUCUAAGACUUGAUAGUGAAAACAAUUUUAAGAAAGUUACUAAAUUCAGCCAAGAUGAGAAUGGGGAGACGAUGCGUUCUGAUCACUUUAAAUAAUAUUUACAGCUCUGUCGUUUUCUCCUUUUCUCGAACAAUGCAGAAUGAUUGGUGACACUAGUGUUCCAGCUGUUCCACGCUUCUGUUCCCUUGAUCAGUAGACUAAACUGUGGCUAGACAGUGUAGUGACCCUGGCUGAAGCCUGUGCAACAGAUACUUCAUUCUGUUCACAGUAACCUGUGGCUUUGCAAUCAUUUCUGUUUUGUUCUCACAAAGCAAAUGGUGGGCAUCCAUGUUUACAUUGUACCUUCCCACAUGUACCUGGCUUAAUAAAGACAAGCAGGCUUCUCUAUUGAGACAUAUAUUUUUAGUUUUCAUAGAUACUUAUUUAAUCGUUUUUUGUACAGCAAGGUGCUCUAAGUAAUAUUCUAUAAAAUAUAUUUAAUAGAAAUUUGAGUUUGAUAUUCAUGGACAUGGAUACAUGUAUUUUUUUAAUAAAUAAGUAUUGUGUAACACUAUGGCAUUGCUUCUAUAGCCAAAGUAAAAAUUUCUGUAACACUGACAUGUAAAGACUACCGUUUAUUCUGACACUGUAUGUUAUUAAAAUAGGAUGAUUUGCAUUUUGUAAAAUUAUCCUGCACAUCAAGCUGCAUGCCUUAAAGCCGAAACCCUAGGAUUGUGUUCAUAGUAGAACAGUUUUAUCUGUUCAGACAGUGAAGCAAGGUUUAUAGCACUUCUUUAACUACCUUUGGAAAUACUGUACAAUGUUAGAAUAAUUUAUUUUGCUUUACAGGAGUUUGUCAUGUAUUGACUUUAAUAUUGUAUUUUGUAAUAAAUUUUUUGUUAAAAACACUUGCCUCUAAGUUUUAUUAACAGUGGAUUAUGUCCAUUCUUAUCUUGGAAAUGUUAAUUUAAUUACUUAGAAAGUUGUAUUUAAACAGUUAAAAGCUCUGCGAGGGCUAAACUAAGGCUUGAAAUUACCCUCUGGUAGCUUGUUGAACUAUUGCCAACUGGUGUUCUACUGUGUUACAGUAAGACAUGUGAAGGGGGCACUUAGCUUUUUAAACUGUUUCAAUAAUUCAGUCCUAGUUUGAAGCCUUUUCCUUGCUAAACAGUUCAUUUUAUCUUCCAGAUCACAUGCUUACACUCCUUUCAAUUCUGAUGUAAUCAAAGUGCUAAUGACUAGUUCUCCUGAUGAUGGCAUUCUUUACUGCAUGUCAAAGGUUUACAACAAUGAGCACGCACCUUUGAUCAUGUUGUAGUCUGUAUCAAGUGUCUCUGGACAUGAGAUUUUUGCAUUGGCAAGUGAAGCUGAUACUCUCUGACUGUGUCAUUGCUUUGGUUGUCAAUUUGUGCCCUAGAGUCCUGGCUACCUCAGCUUGAAGUGACUGAAGCCAGAUACUUCUUCCCAACCACGGUAAUCCCUUGUCCUGUGCUCCCCUGUAGCAACAAUCAGAGCUGUUGUCCAGAACCAAAUCUCAACACUGUGCCAUUAAACUCCAAAUAAGUUGUAGAAAUACCAGCCUUGAAAGUCUAGAAUAUAUGAUCCAAUUUGGUCACCACAGCCACAUAGGACUACUGAGCACUUUUGAAAUACGACUGAUAAUGCGCUCUAUGUAA